AUGUCACUAAUUCCAAAUUCUUGGUAUUGGAAACAAUUAAAAUUAGCAUUAACAUGUUUUUUAUGUUGUUUACCAAUUGGAUUUUUCUUUUUGAUUAAUUUUUAUCUUACAUUAGUUAUACUUAUUUUAUGGUCACAAAUAAUUAUUAAAAAUGCUUAUUUUAAUCCAAUUACUCUUAAUAUACUUUAUACAAGAUUUUCCUUUGAAUUGUUACUUGAAAGUCCUGAUCUUUUAUCUCAAUUUCGACCACUUGGUUUGGAUUUAUUUAAAACUCAAUUACAUGAUUAUUCAACAUCAUUUCAUGAACAUGAAAAAAAGAAAUUUCAAAAAGAAUUAACUUAUCUUCGUUCAUUUAAAAACAAAAAAAUGUCACCUGAUCAAAGACAAUCAUAUGAUAUUUUAGAAUAUUAUUUGAAUAUAAAUUUAAAUAGAGAACUUAGUAAUGAAUUUGAUUAUCAUAAUUAUUUAAUAAAUCAAAAAUCAGGUCCACAAUUUGAUAUAAUAUCAUUUAUAAUAAAAUUUCAUCGAAUAUUAAAACUAAGUGAUGCUGAAGCUUAUCUUAUUCGAGUACAAAGAAUAUCAAAAGCAUUUGAUCAACUUAUUGAACAACAAAUAGAACGACGUCAUAGAAAUAUUGAAACACCACGAUUUGUUCUUCAAAGAGUUAUUGAUGGUCUUGAACCAUUUCAAAAACAAUUACGAGAUGAACCAAAUAAAAGUCCUUUAAUUAUUACUUUCAUUGAUAAACUCAAUGAUAGAAUUUGUUCAAAAGAAAAACAAAAUGAAUUGAUUAAUCGUUUAUUAAAUAUUAUUAAAAUAAAUGUUAUUCCAGCAUAUGAACGUUUAUUAAAUAUUCUUUAUGAAGAUUUAUCAAAUGUUAAAACAGAUCAUGGUUUAUGGAAAUUACCAAAUGGUGAUAAAUAUUAUAAAUUAUGUUUAGAAUAUCAUACAACAACAAAUAUGAGUCCAGAUGAAAUUCAUGAACUUGGAAAAACUCAUGUGGAGAGAAUUCAAAAUGAAAUGAGAAAGUAA